AUGACGGUGCCGAGAAAAAACAAUAAUGAUCUUCCCCAUGUCGAAAAAUAUGAUUCUUUAAACGGAACGUGGGAUUUUCUAAAAGAUGGCGUCUUGCAUAUUUUGGAUCGAUUGGAUGAAGGAAUGUCAAUUACUCGCUAUAUGGAGCUCUAUACUGCUAUCCAUAAUUACUGUGCCGAUGCUUCAAAAACAAUGUCGGUAGAAAGCUUCAGCGAUCAGACUGCGAACGUUUUGGGGGAGGCUUUAUAUAACAACUUGGUGUUGUACCUAAAACAGUAUUUGACAAAGCUGCGAACGGCAUCACUUUCAGAAACAACUCAUGAAGACAGAUUAGCAGCCUACGCCAAGUAUUGGACCCGAUUUACAACGUCUUCUAGGUUCCUUCAUCAUCUAUUUGGGUACCUUAACAGAUAUUGGGUGAAACUGAAAAACCGAUUUUCUGAUACCGUAGUUUAUGAUAUCUAUACACUGUGUCUCGUAUCGUGGUACCAUCACGUUUUUGCGCAUAUACGCGAUGAUAUGCUUGCAAGUCUGUUGUACAUACUUAACAGAAAACGAUCGCACGAGCCCGUUGAUAUGAAGGAUGUGAAAGUUUGUGUUGAUUCUAUCACUUCAUUAAGUUUCGACAAAGCAGAUAUGCCAAAGGCGAAUUUGAAUUCUUACAAAGCAUUCUUCGAAACAAGAUUCAUAUCAUCGUCUAGAGAGUUUUACGGUACUGAAUCUUCUCAGUAUAUCUCAGUGCAUUCCAUAACCGAUUACCUUGGAAAAGCAGAGAGCCGACUCUUAGAGGAAGAAGAGCUUGUUCACUUGUAUUUGCACGAGUCCACGCUAAAGCCAUUGUUGGAAGCUGUAGAGGAUGAGCUAAUUACUAAACGCGCUGAAGUUUUACAUAAUGACUUUUCGCGUAUGCUUGAUGAAAAUUGCCAUAGUGAUAUUGUUAGAAUGUAUCGCUUAAUGUCAAGAACUCCAAAUGGACUACAACCAUUAAGAAAGUCAUUUGAAGAUUACGUUAAACGGUCCGGAUUUCUUGCUGUUGCUAGAAUUGUGCCUGAAGGCAACAAGGUAUCUGAGGUAGAUCCCAAAGAUUACCUUGAUAUGCUUUUGUCAACAUACCUAUCUUCCAAAAAGCUUGUCGACACAGCUUUUCAAGGGGACGCAGAUUUUACAAAAUCUUUGGAUACAUCUUGCAGAGAAAUUGUGAAUCGCAAUGUCGUCUGUCACCCUUCUUCGUCACGGUCUCCGGAACUAUUGGCGAAAUAUUCAGAUUCUGUUCUACGCAAGAACAGCAAGGCUGCCGAUGUUGAUGAUAUAGAAAACACCUUAACUUCCAUCAUUAUUAUUUUCCGCUACGUCGAGGAUAAAGAUGUGUUUCAAAACUUUUACACGAAGCUAUUGGCCAAACGAUUGGUCAAUGGAAUGUCAAACUCUCAAGAUGCAGAAUCCGGAAUGCUUUCCAAGCUGAAGGAAGUUUGUGGAUUCGAGUACACCAGCAAACUGCAGAGAAUGUUUCAAGAUAUAUCUUUGUCUCAGGAGUUAACCGAGUCUUUCCGCCAACUUCCAGAAAUACAAAAGUCACCCAUUGAUUUUUAUGCUAUGGUUUUGGGAACAUCAUUCUGGCCGUUAACAGCUAGUUCCUCUAAUUUCCACAUCCCAUCCGAAUUAAAAUCCCUUUACGAACGGUUUGAAGGUUAUUAUAAUACCUGUCAUAAUGGUCGGAAGUUAAGUUGGCUUUUUCAUUUGUCUAAAGGAGAAAUCAAAGCACGCAUUAAUCCCAAUUCCACCAUCACUUAUGUAUUUCAAGUGUCUACCUUCCAAAUGGCUGUCCUGCUGCUGUACAACCAAAGAGAUUCAUACAAGUAUGAAGAGUUGUUGCAACGGACUGGAUUGAAUCGUGACAUACUAAUUGGAAUUCUCAACAUUUUCUUACGCGCAAAAGUUUUGUUAUUACAGGAAGGGAAGAACCUUGGAGAGCCGGAUAGUGUCUAUACUAUAAACAAAAACUUUAAGAUGAAAAAGAUUCGUGUUCAACUCAACUUGCCAAUCAAAUCAGAACAAAAACAAGAAGUAGUGGAAACUCAGAAAACAAUCGAGGAAGAUCGGAAGUUGCUGUUACAAUCUGCCAUCGUACGCAUUAUGAAAGCUAGAAGGACGCUGAAGCAUGUUGUUUUGGUCAAAGAAACCAUAGAUCAAAUUAAAAGCAGAUUUGCCCCUCAAGUCUCAGAUAUUAAGAGAUGUAUUGAUAUGUUGAUUGAAAAAGAAUAUCUAGAGCGACAAGGACGUGAUGAAUAUGUUUAUCUUGCUUAA